UGAACUGAUGCGUUCCGUUGUUCUCGGUCCGAAGUCCACUCGUUUCAGUUUUCAUGCUAGUAGUGCACGUGGGAAUUCCUCGUGAUAACAAUAAGGAGAGGAGCAAAAGAUACACGUCCUGCUGAUCAAUUAUAAUAACAUUCUGAAUCAUAGUUUAAAUCAUGUCGUGGCUUUUCGGAUAUCGUAACGCGCAACCACAAGAUUUUUCACAAUUCGCACAACCACCGGCAUCCGGCGGUGCGAUUGGCGGUGGAGAUGAUUUUCAUCAUCCACCACCUAGAACUCAAAUGGAACCUUAUCGAUUUGAUUCGACCGCUUUGGAAAGAGCAGCAUCGGCUGCUAAGGAACUUGAAAGAUCCGCACACGCAAAAGAAGCAUUGGAACUUUCGAAAUUGCAAGAGGCUACUAAGCAAAUGGAAAGACAAGCAGAGGUAAAAAAAUAUGAAGCAGGUAUAGAGCAAAUGAAAGCGGAACAAAAACGUGUAGAAGGAGAAGAGAGGAGAAAAUCUUUACAAGAAGAGACUAAGCAACAUCAAAUGAGAGCUCAGUAUCAAGAUCAACUUGCAAGGAAACGAUACGACGAUCAACUGAUACAGCAGCAAAGAAUGAACGACGAGAAUUUGAGGAGGCAGGAAGAAUCUGUAGCGAAACAAGAAGCAAUGAGAAAAGCUACGAUAGAGCACGAAAUGGAAUUGAGGCACAGAAAUGAAAUGAAAAAGUUGGAAGCAGAGGUGAAAGCCAAAGCAAAAAUAGACAGAGAGAAUCAAGAUUUAAACUUAGAACAAAUUAGAGUAAAAGCAUCUGAAAAGAGGGUGACGGUAUUGGAAUCGAUAAAAACCGCUGGUUCGGUGUUAGGCUCCGGUAUGACAGCAUUCCUACAAGACUGGGACAAAAUUCUCGCUGCCACCGGAGGUUUAUCUCUGUUGGCUUUCGGCGUGUAUACCGCAAAAGGGUCGACGGGUAUAGCGGCACGGUACAUUGAAUCACGUUUAGGAAAACCAUCAUUGGUUCGUGAAACGUCUAGGUUUACGGUUUUGGAUACGUUACAGCAUCCAAUCCAGGCGGUAAAGAAACUAAAAAGUAAGCAGACCGAUGCUCUGUCCGGCGUUGUGUUAGCCCCAAAGCUCGAGGAAAGAUUGCGCGACAUAGCGAUAGCUACAAAGAACACUAAACAAAAUCGUGGAAUGUAUAGAAACAUACUGAUGCAUGGUCCUCCUGGUACUGGUAAGACUAUGUUUGCUAAGAAACUAGCCGAACACUCGGGUAUGGACUAUGCUAUCGUAACCGGUGGUGAUUUGGCACCGUUGGGCCGUGACGGUGUUACCGCCAUUCAUAAGGUGUUCGAUUGGGCGGCAACGUCUAGAAAGGGUCUCCUACUUUUCAUCGACGAAGCCGAUGCCUUCCUAAGGAAGAGAUCGAGCGAACAUAUAUCUGAAGAUCUAAGAGCAAUGUUGAAUGCGUUUCUCUAUAGGACUGGCGAGCAGAGUAGCAAGUUUAUGUUGGUACUUGCCUCGAAUACACCGGAACAAUUCGAUUGGGCCGUAAACGACAGAUUAGACGAGAUGGUAGAGUUCCGUCUACCAGGACGAGAAGAACGCGAACGUUUAGUUCGUCUUUACUUCGAUAAAUUUGUACUUCAACCGGCGAUCGAAGGCAACAAACGGUUAAAAGUAGCGCAAUUCGAUUACGGUAUGCUUUGUAGCAAAGUCGCUAACAUGGCCGAGGGAAUGUCCGGCAGAGAAUUGGCAAAGUUAGCUGUUACCUGGCAAGCAGCAGCGUACGCUUCCGAGGAUGGAGUGCUGACGGAACAGAUGAUCCUGGAUAAAUGCACAGAGGCGAUUAAACAACACAGACAGAAGGUUCAAUGGCAGAGCGAACAAGAGAAGCAGGAAUCGAAGUCUAUUUAUGCCACUGAAAAAGAACUGGAUGUUAAGCCUAUAAAAUCGAAACCUAUGAUUGAAUCCGCAGCUCCAGAAGCAAGUUCCGUCGCAACGGCUUAAUUAGUAAGCAUCGUUGCAUAAAAAUUAGCAAAUAUUUUACUAAAGAAAUUAGUAUUAAGUAAUUACAAGAACGGUGUAAAUGUUAAAAGAAAACGAGUACAAUAUUGAGUUGUCGUUUUCUGUCUAAUGCGCGCGUGUAUAAAUAUUAUAGAGCAGUAAUGAAUUUGUUAGUAAUGUAAAUUCGUAGCUUGAUUAAAAUUUUUAAACAUACACACGCACACCAGCAAUUACAGUCAUAAAGAAAAACGGAUAAGACAGAAUUGCAACUCGAUAGUAACGUGUUAGUGUGUGUAAAAAAAAUGACUUAUAAUUUAAUUGAUAUCAAUUAAUACCUUAUCCAAAAAUCCAUACCUUGACCUUCAUUUUUUAAAUCAUUAUACUUUCAUAACCAUCAAUCAUAAAAGCAUACAUGUUCAAAUAAUUUAACAAAAAAUAUUUAGAAACAUUGUGUAUUCUUUCAUGACGUUUAAUAAACAUGUAAUAUUUUUUCUAUUGUUAUUUACUGAAAAUCUGGAUUUAUUGUCUAAUCAGAAUCAAUAUGGAAAGGUUGAAUAAACUAACAAUUAUUGAGGUAUAUUCGCAAUUAACAGCACUGAGGUUUUCGUUUCGUAAUCACAAUUUGUAUAUUUAAAUCAUCCUUCGGUCUCCGUGGACGAAAUUUGCUACUGGAAUAACAAGAAUCUGUUCUGUUCUCAGAUUCGAUAUUCGUGAAAAAGAUUCGAUCUAAUUGUAAGACAAAUUAUUCAGUAAGAAUACAGUGUAUAUCGUUGUCAGUAAUGUACAUAAGAGAAAAUAAGAAUAUAGAUAAAAUAUUCUCACACAGCCCCACCAGGUAGAUAAAUGGUACAUUCAUCGAGUAUUUUACCUAAAAAACGCUAAACAUUGCUAUUAAUCUAUUUAAGCUAAGGUGAUUCGAAUCAACUAUAGCAUGGGUGUACUGAGGUUCCUUCUAGAAUAAUGAUACAAACAAUUAAGUACAUUGUGUAGCGUCAAUGAUGAAAAUCUGACGGCUUCGUAAAAUGACAUCCGACUCCGAAUUGAUACUUUUGCUAUCGAUACAUGUAACCAUUAAUCACAAAAAAGAUCUUCCUCUCUUUACACAUUUCAUUUAAAUAAAAAAAAAAAAAAAAA